UGCAGCCAUUAGGAGCCGGUGGCAGGAACACGCUUCAUUUGCAGCGCACGGACGAUGCCGCCGCGUCCACGCCGCGCGGAUCGCACACACGCGCGGAAUCAUCCCCGGUAGCCGCGCUUAUGUAAUCAAUACAUCGGGGGUUUUGGAAAGCGGCGUCUCGCGGAUUCUCGCCCUUCGUCUUGAUGGAAAACGCCGCGCCACCAUAUGCUCCCGCAGCCGAUGACAAGCCAUUGGUGCUGAUGCGACGCGUGUGAUGGUUGCAGUGGGACGGAUAUCCCUUAAUUUUUAUCCAAUAGGCGUCCUCAGGUCUUCUUCUUCUUCUUCUCCUUUCGCAGGACGCUCCCGCACCUCUCCGCGCUGACCUUAUCGGCAGUGCUGUGAAUUGGGCAGCAGCUGCUUGUCAUGUGUGUGCGCGGAUCUUCAUUUCAAAGACAACGAUGAUGCGCGUAAAGACGCAUCCAGGCGGCGAGAUCCGGAAGAAUUAGCGCACUUUGGUUUUUUUUAUCCUUUUGGUUUUCUCUUUUUGUGGGGGAUUUUUAUUUUUUUUUGGAGGGGGGCAGAAAAGAGGAAACCACCAGUGGGAGUCAAUUUUGGACUGUGACUGGUUUUGGACGGGGGGGUGCUGGGAGAGAGAGAGAGAGAGAGAGAGAGAGAGAGAGAGAGAGGAGAGAGAGAGAGAGAGGAAAAGGGGCCUUUACAGACUUGAUCCCCCCCAAUGUGAAACUCUGCAGGAUUUCCUCCUCCUCAGUCCAGAGGAAUAUCUCCAGGUUCCAGGCACCAGGCCACUGCUGCUGCUGCUGGUCAUCCGAGGAAAGGGGGGGGUGGGGGGUGUGGAGGUUUUCACCGUGCACAUCCGAGGGAAUCGUGGCGGCACCGCAGAUCCGCGCAACUCUUUCUGAAUGUUUGGCAUUUUUUCGCAUGCGAGCGUCCUGACUUGUGGCGGAGGGAGACGCGGACUGCAGCAGCCUCCAGGUCCCUUUUCACAUGGAGAUUUGUGCCUCGGUCACGGCGCAGCGGAUCUUGGAAACGGGGACCGGGGCCCUGCUGCUGAUUUUCCCCGCACUGCUCUCAACCUCGACUUCAUUUAUUCGAGAAAAUGCAGAACACAAACAGCCGAUGAACUAUGAAUGCUGAACACAAUGAUCUCCUCCCUCCAGCGCCAGACAAUGAGAGGUCGUAGGCUGAAGGGGGCGCUGUCCAACCCCCUCUUUGUGCUGCUGUUGGCCCUUCAGAUCCUGGUGGUGGCCGGGCUGGUUCGUGCUCAGACCUGCCCGUCCGUCUGCUCAUGCAGUAACCAGUUCAGCAAGGUCAUAUGCACCCGCCGAGGUCUACGGGACGUCCCCGAUGGCAUUUCCACCAACACUCGCUACCUGAACCUCCAGGACAACCUCAUCCAGGUCAUCAAGGUGGACAGUUUUAAACAUCUGCGCCAUCUGGAGAUCCUGCAGCUGAGCAAGAACCACAUUCGCAACAUUGAAAUUGGUGCCUUCAAUGGGUUAGCCAGUCUCAACACUUUGGAGCUCUUUGAUAAUCGGCUCACGACAAUCCCCAAUGGAGCAUUCGAGUACUUGUCCAAGCUGAAGGAGUUGUGGCUCCGGAACAACCCCAUUGAAAGUAUACCAUCAUAUGCCUUCAAUCGAGUCCCCUCGCUUCGAAGGCUAGAUCUAGGUGAGCUCAAACGUCUCUCCUACAUUUCAGACGGAGCUUUCAAGGACUUAAGCAACCUGCGCUACCUGAACCUGGGAAUGUGCAACCUCAAGGAGAUUCCCAACAUUUUACCGUUGGUCAGGCUCGAAGAACUAGAAAUGUCAGGAAACCAGCUCGCUGUUGUCAAGCCCAGCGCAUUCACGGGAUUAGUGAACCUCCAGAAGCUGUGGAUGAUGCAUGCCCAAAUCCAAACUAUCGAGAGGAACUCAUUCGAUGACCUGCAGUCAAUGGUGGAGCUCAACCUGGCUCACAACAACCUCACCUUUCUACCACAUGACCUCUUCACGCCAUUGCAUCGCCUGGAGCGGGUCCACCUCCAUCACAACCCUUGGAACUGCAACUGUGAUAUCUUGUGGCUCAGCUGGUGGCUGAAGGAAACUGUACCUGCCAACACCAGCUGCUGUGCACGUUGCCAUUCUCCUUCAGCUUUUAAAGGUCGCUACAUUGGGGAACUGGACCACAGCUACUUCCAGUGCGAUGUCCCCGUCAUCGUGGAGCCACCCAGUGACUUGAAUGUGACAGAGGGAAUGGCUGCGGAGCUUAAAUGUCGUACGAGCUCGUUGACGUCCAUCAGCUGGCUCACACCAAAUGGCUCAUUGGUGACACACGGGGCUUACAAGGUGCGUUUGUCUGUACUCAAUGACGGGACACUGAACUUUACUAGCGUCACAAUGCAGGACACUGGGACGUACACCUGUAUGGUCAGUAACACAGCAGGCAACAUUUCCGCCUCUGCUGUCCUUAAUGUUACUUCCGUGGAAAACAGUGGUGUGACCUAUUUCACCACAGUCACCGUGGAGACCAUUGAGACACCAGGGGACGAUAGCCAAACGCCGUAUCCCCCGUUCGGCUGGACGUCCUCGACAACAAAAGGAACUCCUGUGUCCACGAGGACCACAGAGCGGACUUACACCAUUCCAGUUAUUGAUCUGGAUGGAGAGGGAGCCCUCAACGGCCUGGACGAAGUGAUGAAAACCACCAAGAUUAUCAUCGGCUGCUUCGUGGCCAUCACGCUCAUGGCUGCCGUUCUCCUGGUUAUUUUCUACAAGAUGAGGAAGCAGCAUAACCAGCAGGAUCCCGAUGGCCCGGCCUCCUCUAUGGAGGUCAUUACUGUUGAAGAAGAGCUUGCAGGGGUUGCAGCCAUGGAGAGACACCUAUCGCUGCCCCCUCUGGAGCACUACAACCACUACAACACCUACAAGAGCACUUACCACCACCCGUCCAUGCUCAGCACCAUACACAGCUCUGCCACACAGGAACCUUUACUGAUUCAAGCCUGCUCAAAAGACAAUGUACAAGAGACCCAAAUCUGAUCUUGUGUUUGAACAAAUAUCCAGUAUCAGCAGUUUCAUACAAGUACAAUGGACCAAAACACGACGACAAAAGAAAAAUCAAAAUGACAUUGACUUGACAGGGUUGAUGUCGAUAAUAGCGAUAAAUCAGCAUUUGGCAAAGGGACAACGCGCGAUACUUUAACAAGUGUCUUUACAAGAACAAAGAUUAUUUAUUAAAAAUAUGUCUAGUGACUAAAUGAAGAAAAACAAUUUGUGAUAGCUUUUUAGCUCAUUUUAUUUCUCUCUCUCUCUCUCUCUCUCUCUCUCUCUCUCUCUCUCUCUCUCUCUCUCUCUCUGUGUGUGUAAUACUGCACAAGGGAAAGAAUGGUUCACUGAAGGCGAAUAUGGAAUUCAUCGUCUACAUCUCGUGUGAAACCCAAUGCAGAAAUUGGCCUUAUUCUACAAUUAAAACAGUGCUAUAAAUGUAAUAGUUUGAUUUGAGUAAUUAUUAUUUGGUAGAAAUGCAUUGCUCUAGUCGAGAGAAGCAUUUAUUUCCCGGCUGUUGGACGAAUCUUGUCCAGUUUAGCAGAGGUUUAUGAGACAAAACAUAAAAUGGGUUUAUUUUCGUCGCCAUUAUUUUCUAGCUGUCAUUCAAACACAAAAUGGGAUCUUUUAAUGACACAGCUCCGGAUGAUAUCACAGUGAAGCCAGCAUGCCUGAGGAGCAACGCAGCCAAAUGAGUAAAUGUGCAUUUCCCCCGUGGCUCCUAAACAACAGACAUAGAUCCUUCACUUUAAUUAAGAUUAAGUUUUUGCUCCCACUCCUCCUCCUACAUUUUCUUUAUGCUUCUACAGUCACUCUGUCUUUCUUUCCACUCCUCUAUUCCAACUCCGAAAUUCUCCAUCUUCCCCGUCUGCCCUUGUUCUGCUGCCUCCUCACUCUCUCUUCCUCCAUGUCCCCAUUCUCCUUUGAUUGUCUCUCUGUCACUUUGCUCAGGCAGGUUCCUCAACCCUUCGCCAUGUCUCAUUUGUCUCGCUUUAUCCGUCGGCGUGUGCCGCACGACGGCAGAAUAUUGCUUGGGAAAAUGAAGGGGAGCAUAAGGCUGCAGUCUGCAGCCUCCCUGUUAACCCAGCAAUGAUCUACGUCCACUCAGCGUCGUGUUACCUUGCCAUCACCCCAGGGUCACACAAGCUUGGGCGCUGAUAGUCCAUCUGUUAGUACAGAUAAAGAGGCAAAUGAGGCUGCUUUGUAAUGUAGUGUGACCCUGUCAGACUAACACAGACAGGGCGAACAUAGGCAGUGAAGCAGCUAGAAACCUGCAAAAAAUAAGGGGAGAUGGGUUAUAGCUCAUUAAUCUGUAUCAGCAGUUCAUUUGCAGACUAACAGACGAAAGCUGAUAACAAAACAGCAUGAGACUUUUCCACUCUCCCUGUGCCUCACAUCUAACGGGGGGGGGGCGGAGGCCUUUGAUAUUGAAGCGACCCCUGUUCCGUCUCAUUUUUGUCCGAGAAAACACACACACUUUGAUGUUGCAUCAUUUAUAGACCAUCAAAACAUUGUCUCUGCUGUAGUCUGUUGACGCUUUGCUUUUUUUCCAUUUAGUCUUUCAAAGAGGGAGGCUUACGGAAGG